AGUCCUCGAGGUAUGAAUUUAUCCGGUCGGUCGUCCUCCACCCCUGUGCAAAGCUGGGAAGCAAAGGUGAAAAGUGAAAUCACGACGCGAAGCGUGGCCAGACUUUGAGAUUGAUCGUUCGUGCACAGCACAAUCGAACAAUGCUCUUGGGUUCACGAGAGAUACCGCAGCAAAUGGAGUGAGACGAAGGAACUCGAGAGUAGUAGAGUCCAGUGCAGUAGCGUCCGAAGCUUUCGUUUCCGAUCAGAAAUAAGGCACAACAGUUGAGGUGUUUUUGGAGCAAGGGAGCGUUUGAUAUGGCAGUGGGCUUACUGCCAGGAAGAAUUUCUUCUUGUACCUCGAAUUGUGUUUUAGGAAGCGAUGUGAUCAAUACUGCUGGGUGCUCCUGCCGUGUGGCCAGUAUGAGCAUGCCUUCCUCUUCCGCUCGGGCUUUCAUGUCCUUGCGUUCUUUCGAGGCUCGCACUUCUUCUUUUUCCUCUUUUUAUGAUUUGUUAUACGUAUAUCCAGUUCAUCGCUUCUCGAGUUCGUUAGCUGGAGUAUGUUUGCGGAGGAAAUCUUUGUCCGGUCCACCCCUUGGACAGCCAUGUCUGAGAAUUGGUAACGAUCAAAGGCGUUCUCUUCUGAGGGCCUCUGCCACCAAAGAUACCGGUAGGAAGAGGGACGUGGUGUCGCAGUCAAACAGGAAUGGAACUCAUAUCUCACACCCCCCUCAGAGAUUUCCAGUCCCAAGGAACGGUAAAGCGGAAGAGGAGCUGAGAAGUGAAACGGAGGUACAGGAGGAACAGGAGCACAUUGCUACUGGAGAAAAUGGGUUGUCAAGAAAGGAUGAUCACUCAGAAUUACCAAGUCCGGUGUUGAGCUCCAGUAAUGAUUCUGCGUCCAAGGAGGGGAAUGUUGAGGAACAAAAACAAGAAGAAGGUGGUUUCUCAGGCGGUGCAGCCCUUGGCACAAUAGCAGCUGGACUGGGUUUGGUUGCAGUACUGGGUGGAUUUGGUGCUCUUGGUUUUUUCUACAAGGAACAGAUCAAUGCAAUACUGAUACAAUUCUCAGAUUUUAUUGAAGGAUAUGGACCUGCUGGCUAUGGAUUGUUCGUUCUUGUUUACGCCAGUUUGGAGGUGUUAGCUAUACCGGCAAUUCCUCUCACUAUGUCAGCUGGGUUACUUUUUGGUACUGGAGUUGGCACAAUCAUCGUUUCUAUAGCGGGCACAAUUGCUGCAACAGGUGCAUUUCUAAUUGCUCGAUAUCUAGCACGUGAUCGAAUACUUGCAAUGGCAAAGAACAAUAAGAAGUUUCUCGCUAUUGACAAAGCAAUUGGUGAGGACGGCUUUCGGGUGGUGACUUUACUAAGGCUGAGCCCUUUGCUUCCAUUCUCAUUGGGCAAUUAUCUGUACGGCUUAACUUCAGUGAAGCUUGGGCCGUAUGUUUUGGGAAGCUGGUUGGGAAUGUUGCCUGGAACUUGGGCAUACGUAAGUGCUGGCGCAAUCGGCAGGGCUUUCAUCCAAUCGGAGGCCGAACAGAUUUGGACAGGAGCCCCUGAGCAGUUGUGGACACUGGGGUUAGGUCUUGCUGCAACAAUUUUUGCAGCAACUUACGUAACGCGCCUUGCCAAGGAAGCUCUCAAGGAUAUAGACUAAUGCUCCAAGUAGACCUUAUCGAACCUCGUGUACAACAAGCAGUUUAGGUGGCGAAGAUGAGAUAGUUUAUCAGACUGGACCGUAUGUCCCAUGUUAUCCCUUGUACAUACAUAAAAGACGGCUUUAUCCCCUCAUUGAAACGGGGACUCUUCAUAUGUAGCUGACCGUGUACCUGACACCAACUAAUUGAGCUUUAUGGAGAUAUCCUGGUUACGGAUCUCCUGGCAUUUUGAGUUGUAUCUACAGGUUUUUUAUGAUGAUAGGUGUGGUCAAUCAGCAUCAGCAACUCGUCAUUGACAAUAGAGGUCAAUUUUCUCAGCUGAUCUCCUCGUUCGCCUUCCGAAAGAACAUGCGUCCAGGUGAGGCUAUAUAUUAUAUAGUUGUAAGUUCGCUUUUCAGACAGUAUUUCAGGAUAAUGUAUAUAACUCCAGGUAGUAUCUCGCAAUAUUC